GCACUACUUGUGCUCGGCCGGCCGCCUGCGCAGUGUUUCGGCUCAUUCCACGAGCGCGCUUCUGACCACGCAGCCGGUAGGAUGCAGCGGCUCACGGCAUCCCUUCUCUUGCUGGCCCUCUUCGCCUCCUCGGCUCGGGGCACCGACCAGGAUGAUGACUGGCUCUGGUCCCGGUCCAACCCGACCUGGCAGCAGCGCCGGUCCCGGGGCGCGCUCGACGUCUCCAGCUUGCAAGUUGCCCGAGUCGCGCAGACGGCCGUCCAGUAUUUCAACUACCUGCAAGGGUCGCCCAGCUCUCUCCGGGAGCUGGGGCACGUCAAGAAGGCGUCGGUCAAGACUAUUCCAGGAGUUGGGCGUAAAUAUUUCCUGCAGUUUGUUACAAAAGACGUACAAACCAGGCAAAAUCUAGGGACGUGCCUCGCAACUGUGUUAUACCAAAAGCAAAAUCCUAAGCCGCAAGUUGAAAUGAGCUGUGUAAAGAGCAAAGAUACAGAUCAGCGUCUGCAGGAUGACCACAGCUUGUACCUAAGCAUCAGAAAUGAUAAUGAACCCUCCGCAAGUUAUUUGAGGCUUUUGGCAAGCCUUGGCAGCAAUUACAUUGCAUGGGAGAAGUCAACCGAAGGCUCAGCUUACACCAUGUCACAAGUCAAGGAUGUGAAGCAGUGGACAAGUCCCGAUGAUGCACUUGAAUUUGACUUCACUGUUCAGCUUGAUAGUGAUGCUUCAGAGUCUCUUUUCUGCCAGAUGCGUAUUGUCUGGCAGCUGGGUGAACCUUUGAAAGUGAAGUAUGAUUGCUCGGGAGACGAACAAACUUCAGGGUCUGCUGAUGGCUCUGGAGAUGACCUAGAAUUUACUGGUUGGCCUUUCAUUGAUCCAGAAAAUAAUUUUUAAGCAAGAGGAAUGCUUGUGUUUAUAAAGGUGUAAACAUUUUUACAAUGGUGUAGAGCACCUACCAUUUUAAUAUUCCAAAAGCAGUAUUGUGAUUCUUCUAUAUAAAUCAUUGCAGUAUAUUUGUAAGCUUUGCACUAGUCAGUUCUGAUCUGCCGUGAAUGUAUUCUUUUCUGGAUAAUUUCAUAAAUGAAAAAAGUGUUUUUUUCUGUAUCUUCCUAAACAGAUUGUUUAAUAUAUGUAAGAAGAACUACUGAUUUGUCAUCAUGUUUCUGGCACUAGAGAUAACUUGGAUGAGACAAAUGUUAAUAUAUAUGAACGAAAGUUUGAAAUUUUUAAAAACUGCCAUUUUAGUGAAAUAUUUGAUAAAAUAUUUUAAGUUUUGGAAACAAACAUUUGAGGCUGAUUUAACUUAUCUCCAAUAAAAUGAAGAGUGGAA